AUGACAUAUCAGUCAAGCGGAAAAGAUUGCACAGAUGAUUUUGAUAUGCAAAGGAUUGGCAAUUUUUUGAGUUUUGCUUCUAGAGGUGACAGGGUUGGGCUUAAUCUGAUGUUGAGGGAAGGGAUAUCGCCUAAUGUGCAGGAUUAUGAUGACAGGACCGCUCUUCAUCUUGCUGCUAGUGAAGGCCAUGCUUCGAUUGUUGAGCUUCUUUUGCACUAUAAGGCUGAUGUUAAUCUAGAUGAUAGAUGGCAUCGAACUCCUUUGACCGAUGCAAGACUAUAUGGGCAUCGAGACAUAUGCAGGAUUCUUGAAGUGAAUGGAGGAAAGGAUUCUAUAUUGAACAGCCCAAUGACAGUUCGUCCAGACGAAGAUAUAAAGGAAGUGAAUAUUGAAAUUUCAGAAAUACAUUUGGAGCAUACAGAAAAAAUUAGACAGGGUGUGAUGGGCGAUUCGCGCAUGGUUAAGUGGCGGGGAACAUGGGUUGUCAAAACAAUAAUCCCACGGCAGAUAGACUCCCCAGUGAAAAUGGUUUUGUCAGCUAAUGACCACUCACAGUUAAGGGAACUUCGUCAUCCAAAUAUUUUGCAGUUUCUUGGUUCUAUUAUCCAUGAUGGACAAAUGAUACUAAUAACAGAACAUUUGUCAAGAGGAAGCUUGGAUGACAUUUUGUCUAACAAGAUUGUACUCGAUCUACCACUUGUUCUGCGUUUUGCACUUGAUAUUGCUAGGGGGAUGAAUUACCUGCAUCAUCACAAGCCCUGCCCGAUAAUUCACAAUCAUUUGGAUCCAAAAAACUUGUUACAAGAUGAAGGUGGGCAUUUGAAGAUAGGCGAAUAUUGGGUCCAAAUGUUGUAUGAGCUUGACCCAAAUCAAGACUGUCAUAACUCGGGCAGAAAUCUAAUCAAUAAAGGAAGAGAUAUUCAAUCAUUUGGACUCAUAUUUUAUCAGAUGGUAGAAACAAAGUACAUCAAAGACAUGAUACAUAUCACAUCUGUUGAUUUUGAACUAAAAUUCAGUAGUAGAUGUCCACCAAGAAUUCAACAGUUAAUAAACAAGUGUACAAGGGAUAUUGCAUCUCGGCCCGACUUCAGUGGCAUCAUCGACACGCUAGAAGAAGUAUACUCAUGUCUAGGAAGACCUUCUUGUGUUUGUUGA